ACAAAUACUCUUCGAGUCACAUUGAGGAAGAUAUAUUUUUGUCACAGAACUUUGACACUAUACGCUAGGUAUUAGCUGCGGCGCUAGGACGUGUUAGCCGCAGUAGCUACUUUGCUCUGUCACGGAUUUCACCCGGGCGAAUACUCGUUUCAGCAACAGUGGCAUUUCGAAUUCAAUUUAAGGAGCCGUCAGCAUUCUUCUUGUUCCUUAUGAUGACUAACUGGUGAUCGACGACAAUGUUUACGUCCAAGUUGGUCCCUGGUCUACGUCUUUUACGGAGGGCGAGUUGCUCACUCCCGGGCCAUGCUGAAAUCUUGAAGGACUUCGCCCACUCCACCAUCCCCAUCUCCUGCCCCAUACUGAACCAUAAACUGAGAAACUAUGCGACUGCUGCUGGCAACACGCCUCCACCUCGCUGGGUCCAACUGGAACCAGAACUGGAAGACGCUCUGGUGCCACGUAAACUGUCAGUGAGUCCUCUGGAAAGCUGGCUCUCUUUGCGCUACUCCCUUCCUCCCCUACUAGAGUCGGCUCAGCCGCUGGAGGAAGUGGAUUUUUUAGAAGAGAAGAUGCUGCCCCCAGUUCUGUCGCCUGUUCUUGAGGAUGGUGAAGGAUCUGUUACGCCACUUAGUUGCAAGAAUGUUCUCAUGAUCCGCCGGCGUAAAAUGAAUAGGCAUAAAUAUAAGAAGCUGCAAAAGCGGACUAAGUUCCUGAGGAAAAGAGUCAUGGAUAUCAGAGGGAAGAAAAAACAGAAGAAAUUUGAGAAGGAUCUGCAGAGGCUUUGGAGACGAGCAGGUCUGAAGAAGGCGCCUGAAGGGUGGACGACUCCAAAGAUCUUCCUGAAACAAUAUGGGAACAAGACAGACUGAGAGGCCGUCGAACUGCCUCUGAACAGCUUCAUGCCACUUUCAUAACAAUUAAACACAGUUCCUCAUCCAAUAAACAUCAUGCAUUGUU